AUGUCCUCAGGACAGGAUCGCGGCCGACCGCUUGGAUCUGGUGCUGGAGCCAAGCGUAAAGCUGAAGAGGAUUAUUCCGACAACGCGCACACCAAGAAGUCUCGUCAGCGCAUCGAUAAGAUGACUGAGAAGCAGAAGGCACUUGAUCGCUCGAAGAAGUCGAUCAACCAGCAGAAAUCCCGCAAGCUUAAAGCCUUGAGGGCUAAAAGCUCCUACAUCAUUGCGUCUGCUGAUGAGCGCGCGGCCCUUGAGGCUAGGGAAAUCCAGCAAGUUGAUGCACGAUACUUCCUCAAAGGCAACCAUCCAGACCAGCUGCUAGCUCAGAUGACUGGCCCAGUCUCGUCUAGCUCCUAUAAUAUCGUCGAUGACGAUGAAGACGAGGCUUGGGAGGAUAUCCCUUUGAAUGAGAUUGAUGAGGCUACCUAG